AUGAGUUGUGCGCGCGGAUUAUCAGCGCGUUUGUACGGGUACCUGCAGACCUACAUCCGUGUGAGUUGGGGUUUUUUUCAACUCCAAACUAUGCUACUACAGUGUAGUUUGGUCUUUUAUUGGUCUUGGAUGAGUGAAUUAUAUCCCUUCUCCCAGAUGGAGCCAAAAAGCAUUGGAUUUCAAAAAAAGGGAAUAUUCAAAAAAACUUUGAGAAACUGAUGAAUAAAAAUUUUUUUAACACUAGAGCAAUGUUUCCCUCAUAAAAGUUAAUCUUAAAUUCUUUUCAGAUCGACUGCCUGGCCACCCCACAAGAGUUGAAAAAAAUUGAAAGAGCACAAAUAUUCGGCGGUCGACAACAGUUGGCUUGAUGAACUUUGUAUGAAAAAAAGUGAGCUAUAUAAUGAUAACACUGGAAGUAAAAUCACUUACGAUUUAUAAUCCAGAUAAGUUUAUAGGGACAUUAUUGUUUUUUUCAGAUGGUGGGAAUUUGCAGUAACGUUGUGUCCUAUGUGGGUCGCCCCUAACUUGAUUACUCUGGUUGGUCUCAUAGGAAACCUCGUCACAGUUCUCGUCCUCAGCUCCUUCUCCUACUCGGCCACGGGUCCGGUGAGUUUUGAAACAUCAAAAAGGUAAUUUAGAUUAAUGAAAGGUUUUUUCUUGCGUCUUGAUUAUUCUGUUGAACCUGAUCAAAACUGGUGUUCGGCGUGUUUGAACUUCAUUUUUUCAGGCUCCAUCAUGGGCGUACAUCCAAGCGGCCUUGGGGCUUUUCAUCUACCAAACCCUGGACGCCAUCGACGGAAAACAAGCCAGAAGGACUGGAUCGAGUUCGCCUCUCGGUGAACUUUUCGAUCACGGUUGUGACAGUCUCACUCAAGGUUAGACACAUAAAAUCUCACACAAAAAGAGUGAGUUCGACCUCCAAAUAAGCAAUACCAGGAAAGUCUGAAAUUAUAAAAAGGUAUAUAAAUUUUGACGGCCUGAAUUUUUUGUGAUCCUCUUCUUCUGUCAAAUUUUUUGGUUCUGUAGUUUUGAGGCAGAAUUUUCGACAGCAUUAAACGACAGGAAAUCUACAGGAUUUGAAAAAGCAGUUCGGACUGUUAUAGAAUAAAAAGAAUUAUUCUCUGAGAUGUUCGAAAAAAAUAUUUAGUUUAAUGAAAAGUUCCAAGUUUUACUUGAAGAUAACCCUUCCAUCAAAGGAAGCUAUAAAAUCGAAAUACGUUUCGAAAACCGUUCAAUAAGAAUAAUAUAUGCUAAAUAGAAAAAAACUGAGCUUUUUAUUCAUCACCUAAUGAUUUCUUUAUUUUUUUGAAGGAUGUUUUUUUCAGUAUUUGUCACGUUGAACGUUUGCUACGCCAUGUCCCUGGGAACAAUGAACAGUUGUGUUCUCAUCGUUUCGGUCAUUUCCGUCGUGAUGUUCUACUGUGCCCACUGGUCCACGUACUGCACUGGUCAACUUAGAUUUUCCAGGUUUUUUCGUAUUUUUUAUAUUGUUUGCUGUGUUGAAUUUUCUCGGAGUAUCAAAAACCGACCAAGAAAAAAAGGAUAUUCGUCGCAGCUUUAAGAUUUCAUUUUAUUGCAUUUCAAGUGUUUAUUCGCCAUUCCGCAAUCUGCACGACAAAUACAAAAAUCAAAAAAAUCAAAUAAAUCGAACAGGUGAUAUGUGGAAACGGCUGGAAAAAAAAGAUUGUCUGGAUAAACGAGGCUAACCCGUAACAAACAUUGUGGAAAUCGACAGAAAAAGCUUUUUUUCAGUACUAGCCAAACGUCUUAAGAUUCGCAAUGUGUACGAAUUGAUAAAAAAACAGAUUUUUUUAUUAUAUUUUUUUCAUAGAAUAGUUCAUCAGGACUACUUUUUCAUUUAUACGAAAAUCGGUCCAGUUUUUUAUUAAACUUAGUCAACAAUCCUCCAAAAAACGAUCUUGUUUUGUCGGCUUCAAGCCAAUUAGUCAGAUUCGCACUCCCACACGUUUUGACUGUUUUUUUCGUUUUAAACAAGACACUUUUUGAAACCUUUUUUCAAAAAAAAGAAGCCUGCAAAUGACUUCAAUAAUUGAAAAGAUGAAUCACAAAGAAGAUUAGACUCUGAGUCAUUUGUGUUCGACUGGAAACUUUAUUUUUGAGCCUCGGGAUUUAGACGGUUCUAGUUUUUUACACAUCAGAAAGCAGGUGCAUUGAAAAGAGACAAAGUCGUCAUAACAGCAGAAUCUAUAUGAAGGUCAAAGCAUUUUUCUGAUUGGAGAAAAAAAAUAAGAAAUUAGAGUUUGCAGAGAAUUCAGAUGAAAAGUUUGAGAUAUGAAUUUUACACGAUGUUCAAAGCACAUCUGAGAGUGUGAAACUUGCCUGAUAGAGAUGAAGAUUUUUUACGAGAGGAGUUAACAGAUAUUUUCUGAGUCCGCAUCUUUGAGCCUGAAGACCGGGUUCUUGUUUUAUCUAAGACUGAUAAUUUAAUCUGGAAAAAGCAAAGUUUAAAAUAACUUUUUUUUUCUGCGUUGUAAAAUAAAUCUUUCCAUUAGGAUAUCAAAGAAGUUGAUUGAAUUCUUUAAAUUAUCAAUCAAUCAAAAUUUCAUUUUUUUAAAGAUAUGUCAUAGUCAAUUUCAAUCGAAAAAAUAUGUUCUUGACCCAAAAGAAAGUUUUUAAUUUUCAGAUUCGAUGUGACGGAGGCUCAGAUGUCAGUGAUCUCUGUCCUUCUUUUCACGGCACUUUUUGGAAACGCAGCUUGGGGAAUUCAAGUAAGAGUAUCAUUUUGAUAAUUUCCCUUUCAAUUUCAUCAAACUUUUCAGAUCUUGGGCUAUGAGUUGAAGUUUUUUGUUGUCUAUCUCUCCUUCGCUAUCUCCUUCUAUCAAAUCUAUGGAUACAUUCACGUCAUCUUCAGCGGAGGCGUUGGAAAAAAUGGUUCCACUAUUGCUGUAAAUUGUCUUUCUUUCUUUUUUUCGAACGUUUCCAACUCGAAGUUCCGAGGCUAAGGAUCGUUUUUCAAAGCUUUUUCUUCUUCUCAUAUUUUGACACCAGGUGAACGGAGUUUUCCGUCCCUCGACUACUUGAAUAUGCAGGGAAAAUGACGUUCUAGAUUACAAUUUGACUGAAAUCGAAAUAAUGAUUUGACAAAAAAAUUAUAUUUAAAAGUAUACACGGAGUUAAGAAAAACAGUCAAAAAGUGCGAAAAAUGGCGAAAACAAAGUUUUUUGAAACGGGUAUGUAUAGUUCUUUAUUUAACACUCCUUAUAUUUUUAUUCAAAAAGCCUCGGGUAUUGAUAAUCCGAUGCUGUUUUUGAUUUUUUGGUUCAAAGACAAAAACUUUUUUUUUCACCAUGAUCCAAAAAUAUUUCAAAUGAACACCAAUGCUUAUUUGAAUAAAAAAACUUUUUCUUUUUUCCAGGGAACCUCAGUGAUCUUCCCACUUUUUCCCUCUUCUCAUGGUUAUAGUGCCUUUCUGCAUGAUAUACUACAAAAGCGAUACUAAUAUUUUCGAUGAGCACAUCACUCUUUUCUGUCUCUGCUUUGGGGCUGUUGGUAUGUUUCUUAUCAGUAGAUUUUUGGAUUAAAAUCCAAGAAGAAUUUAAAUUUCAAAAAGAAAACUGAGCUUUCAGGAGCCAAGGCGACUAAUCGAUUGGUCAUCGCUCAUAUGGCCAAAAGUGAGCUCCGAUUAUGGGACUGGAUCUACAUCGGACCCUUCCUGAUGAUGCUCAACCAGUACUACGACACGUACUUCGAUGAGUAUACGCUUCUUAUCUUUGUGACGGUUAGUCUGAUUUCCAACAUCUUCGAAAAUCAUUUUGUCAAUGAGCGUAGGGAUAUGGGACACCGAUGCUGAAUUACUAACAAAAAGUACUGUAAAAAGUAGAUUUUUAUAAAGCUUUCCAAACAAAAACAAAAAACGGCAACUUUUUGUUUUUGUGGUUUUCUUUCUUCAUUUUCUCUCAAAAUCGAAGCAACUUAUUCAAUUUGACUGACAGUUUUUUUUCAAGAAAGAGAUAAAUCGGGUGGGGUGUUCGUGAAACGCUUGAAGAUCAUUCCUUAAAAUUUUACAAAAGAUUGAGAAAAUUUUUUCACAGAAAUUCGAAAAAGUGAUAGACAAGAAUAAGAAAAUCUAGAAAAAAUGAAACGAGCUGAAAUUUAAACAUUGUGAAAAAGCUUCCAACUCUCAAAAAUAAUUCUCGGUCAGAAAAAAUUAUUUUUUCAGGUGUACUGCUACGUGUCGCUGCUAACCUACUGCGUCGUCGUGUGUCGACAAUUUUGCGAAUUUUUGAACAUCUACAUUUUGGUUUUGGGUCCACGUGAUCCAAAGCUCAAGUCCACGUGACUAACACAAGAUGCUGAGGUUUUAAUUAUCGGAAUUUUUAUAUCAUACAUUUUUUUCAGAUAG